UUGUUCCUCAGUCCGCUCGCGACGUUCCGGCGCAUCGCCAAAGAGGGCGAGGUCCGGGACUUCGACUACGCGCCCUACGUCGCGAGCCUCAUGAACUGCGCGCUCUGGACGACCUACGCCGUCAUCACGCCAGGGCGGCUGCAACCGCUCGCGGGCGGCCCGCCGCUCGCCGCCGCCGUCGCGACGGUCGUCGCCGUCGACGCGCUCGCGUGCCUCCUCGCGGCGCGCGUCGGCGCGCCGAAGCUCCCGGGCGACAACCGCGCCGCGUCCGUCAUCGGCAGCGCGCCCCGGCGUCGAGUGGCCGGCGCGUUCGUUCGAGCGCAUCUCGUCCCUUCGGUAGGCGUCGCUGCCGUCAUGAACGUGCUCAUGUACGCCGCGCCGCUCAACGUCGCGCGCGUCGUCGUCGCGACGGAGUCCGUCGAGUUCAUGCCCCUGGGCCUCACGCUCGGCACGCUCGCGUGCUCCGUGUCGUGGACGACCUACGCGCUCCUCGUCGGCGACGCGACGAUCCUCGCGCCCAACGUCCUCGGCGACGUGCUCGGCGUCGCCCAGGUCCUCCUCUACGCGCGCUACGCCCGCGCCAAGCCC